CUCGCUGUCAUUCGUCCAAGACCGAGCCAGCCGGUGCGAUCGUGGCGCUGGCAGAGUGGAGCAGCGAGAGCCGCAUGUAAAUGAACGCCUCCACCUCCGUUGUUGUCACCUGAGGAUCCAGAGGGGGCAAAACUGACUGUCCCGUCUAUCUCAUCGGCGAGCCGACCUUUUUAACUCACGGAGCCGCGAUAAAGAAGGUUAAACUGCACUCUUUACUUUGGAGCAAAACGCCGCUCGCUAAUCGCUGCCUUGUGGCGCUGCCGUUUCUCGCUACAACACGAAGAGUGCCUCUCUGCCACCCCCUGCUGACCAUGCGGAGUGUGAGUGCAGUGGUCCUGGCACUCGCCGCUGCCACGCUCAGCUCGGCAGACUCCGACAUGCACCGACCGAGACACGACUCCAACCUGGAAAUCUACAAGCGGCUGUUUGAGACCAAGAGGAAAGAUCAGCUGAAUGCGCUCAAGAAUCUAGUGGAGCUGAACGAUAUCAACCAGCAGUACAAGAUCAUAGACAUCAUGCUCAAAGGGCUCUUCAAGGUGUUGGAGGACUCCAGACAAAUCUUGGUUGCGGCCAACAUGCAGCCUGAUGACCCCUUCCCCAUGGACGAUAAGAUCAAAGAAGCUUAUUCCCACGUAGUGGAGAAUACGGCGUUCUUCGGCGAUGUGGCGUUGCGUUUCCCUCGUAUCGUCCACCACUACUACGACCGGAACGCUGACUGGAGCGGUCUGCUGCGCUGGGGGCUGAACUUCUGUAACCAGACGGGCGUUUUCACAGGAGGAGCCCACCAACAUGUCCUCACACUCAUGUCACAGGAGCUGGGAAUAACAGAGAAAUCCCCAGACUUUAUAAACCCAUACCGCACAGAGAGAGAUGAUGUGCUUCACACUGCCGAGGCUUUCCAGAAGAUCCUGAGGGAGGAGGAGAAGAGGAGGCGGAAGGAGGAGAAGAGGAAAGAGAUCAGGAAAGGCCCUCGCAUAUCCCGCUCUCGCACCGAGCUAUAGCGCUACAGCUCAUUGAGCGCGGAGAGCAGAGAAACGGAAGGGGGAAGAUGAUGAGGAGAGGAAGACGCUCACAGUCCGCAAGGGGUGGCUUGACUUGUAGACUCUGAUGACAGUGAAGAAAACAAAAGCUGCCGUCACUUGUACAAAAGCCAGGUGCUCGAGAGAGGAACCCUCAAUAUGACACAAAAAUGUAAAGUGGAGGAGGAGGUUAGUCGUGUUUGACAAAAGCCUGAACUGCUGUACGUAAAGCAGUAUUUAAGAAUUGGGGAAAAAAAUAAAGAUAAACAACUCUCUGGAAAAGAAGUUAAGGGAAACUCAUUUUUGAUAACUUGAAGAUUAUGUAAAUGAACUUUGGGAUAUUCAUUAAUUUUAGUAUAAUCAUUUUUUCUUCAAAACUUUGCACCCCCCCCCCCCCCCUUUGUAUUGUCUGCUAUCGGUUUAAUGUGUCUAAAACCCCAUAUGCUUAAAAUAGGUGUGAUUGUCAAAUAUAAAUUUGACCUUUUUAAAUGUGGCCUGUUUAUGGUUAGGUUAGGCUUAAUUGCUGUUGGAUUUUUUCUUUUCUUUUCAUUAUUUCUAAGAGUUAUUAGGUGAAUUUCUGAUUGGGUGUUUGUGAACAGGCAGAUUCACAUUCCUGCUGCUGCUCAAGAUUACAAGGACACAUCUUUACACUGUGUUGUCCUGGAGGGUGACAUAGUGACAAAUAUUACCAUGACUUCAUUUUAUUUCCACUGGAGGGGAUCAUUUCAGAUUUUUUUUAACCUUGUAGUUAUUUCUGCCUUAAUGAUCCUUUGAAUUAUUUUAUUCUGUUAACCAGAAAUACAACACACGUGAACAUUCAUCUAGCUGUCCCUUGUCUUUGUUUUAGUUUUUUUUCUGUAUUUUUUCCUUUCUUUAAAUUGACAUAUUUUGUGGGUUUAGAGCUGCAGAAUUGAAAUCGAUGUAAUUUUCACAUAGUAAUAAUGACUGUUAUAAAAAACUAUAUGUAUAUCCAGAGAAAGAUAUCAUUGCUGCAGAAUGAACAAGCCAUUUUGUUAACACAUUUAAUGAAAUAAAGUGACUCUGAUAUGUAAGG